GUGGACAUGAAGAAGGUGAAGCUUGAUGUCAUCAAGCCAUGGAUAACAACUAAAAUCACCCAGAUAUUGGGCAUCGAAGACGACGUAGUCAUCGAAUUUGUCUAUAAUCAAUUAGAGGAUCAGUAUAAGUAGAAAAGAAAGAGAGAAAGACAGAGCGAGACCGAUUGGUGGGGCUCUAUCAACCGAUUUGUCCAAAUGGCAUUCGGAAGUACACGCCCAUCUGACUCUACUCCGUCUUCAAACUUCUUCUUCCUCCUCUUCGUCGUCUUGGCAUUAUUCAAUCAAUCAAUCAAUCAGUCAGUCAGCCGGCUUUAUAAUCAUCGCAGACACUUGUCAUCAGCUCUUCCUACCAGAUCAACUGUAAUCGACAGCACCAUCAUCACCAACAGCACCAGCAGUUGCAGUAACAACAACAACAGCAUCUUCAGUACCAGACAAUCAUGGACAUCAGACAUCAUCAUCAGUCCAGUCUUCAUGUCAAUGCUGAAUCAUCGUGCCUAAGUACUAGGCAUUCCUGCAGCUGAUCAUCAUCACUGACAUCUUAAGAUGUCGGUGGUAAAUCUCCUUAGCUGUCACGGACAGCAGGCAGAUAUUAUGUCUGCAGCGCUGAUAAAAUUUCAUCAGGACAUCCCCAAGUCAUUUGGAGUACAGCCACAACUGGACCCCAGUUCAAAUCCUAUUGCUGCUCAACAUCAUGCUGCUGGUGAUACCUUGGGUCCAUCAUCGAGAGGAAUGGACACCAACUUAUCCUGGGACUUAAGUCAACACUCUUGGAGGUAUCAAUCAAUUGUGUGUUUUUUACGAGCUGGGCACAUGUAUCACAUGGCAAUAGAUGCUCUCUGUCUCAUUGAUGUGACAGUUUCCGGAUCCACGAAAAAUGCAGAUAAAUUUAACGGGUUUUCUGAAUGCUAAAAACGCACGCUCGUUUAUGGGCGAGCUGUGGGAUUUGUUGGUUUCAGCGCAAGAAAGUGUUACGGGUAUACCCGAAGCUUUCUUGCAGCAGAAAAAAGAUCAGAUUAAAAAACGUCUGGAGGAGCAAGAAAAACUGCAGGCGUCAAUAGCUGAGAAGGAGAAAGAGAAGGAGAAGGAGAAGGAUGAAGCGGAUAAAAUAAAGAAAGAAGAAAAAGAACGCGGCAGUUCAAAAGAUCGUAAAAGAGAUCGUAGUCGUGAGCGCGAUAGAGACAGAAACAAAAGAAGUCGAUCAAGAGACAAACAUCGUGAUCGUGAUCGUUCAACUCGUAAACACAAAUCGCAUUCGAAAUCACCAAGUAAAUCAGUGUCUAAAGAUAAUGGCAAAGAUGUAACAGAUAUUAAAGUUGACAAAGAAGAUUCACCUCAACCGGAAAAUGCAAUUCCUCUUAUGCCUAUUAAAACAAAACCAGAAGCAGCUGUUGCAAUAUCGCGAUUACAAGCAAAAUUAAUGAGUAUAGCUGAUGGUAAAAAGAAAAAUCGUUCGGUGUCACCGGAAAAUGAUAAAAAGAAAUCACGUUCAAAAUCACCAUCGACUAACCGUCAGAAAAAAUCUAAAUCAAAAUCACCAACGGCAGCUACAGUAACAUCAACAACAACGACAAUUACACCGACAACGACAACAACUAAAAGUAGCCGUAGAUCACGGUCUCCAGUGUCGAGAUCACGUAGAUCCCGUUCUAAAUCACGAUCGCGCAGAUCAAGAUCUAAAUCAAAAUCACGGCGUUCUAAAUCACGUUCCGGUGAUCGCUCAAAGUCACGGAGGUCAAAAUCACGUUCGCGUAAUUCACGCAGCAAGUCGAGAUCGCGAUCUAAAAAAUCACGAUCCAAGAGUGUAGAUCGCAGCAAAAGUCGCAAGUCGCGAUCGGAUUCAAGUGACUCCGGGUCGUCUAAAUCAAGAUCUAAAUCACCGGACAAGAGGAAAGAUCAUAAAAAACGAAACGCCAGCUCGAGCAGCAGCUCUGACAGCGGUGACGAUAAACGCGGUGGUAAAGAUAAAAAUGAUUUUGAAAUUCGUAAGAAGAAAGACGGGGUUCAGGCCAAAAGAUCGUAUCGCAAAACAAAUAAAGAUGAUAGCGGCAGUGAUAGUGAUUCAAGUCGCGAGAGAAAAUCCGGUACCAAGAGACGCAGUAUUUCACCGAGGAAAGAUCGUGACAGGUCGAGAGAUCGUGACAGAUCACGAGACCGUUCACGCGAUCGUAAUCGCAGACGUUCAAUGGAUCGUGAUCGAGAUCGACGAAGGGAUCAUGACAGAGAUCGUGAUCGCAUGGAUAGAUAUAGCGGCGGUCGUAAUAUGAGACCGCCAUCAUCACGGCGUGCGCCUGAUUGGCGAAGAAGUCCACCACGUAGAAGUCCUAUGAGAUAUCGUCGGCGAAGUCCCAGUCCCAAUCGACGCAGACGUUCACCAGAUCGUCGUCGCAGGUCAUCAGAGCGUCAUGAUCAUCGUAGAUCACACGAACGCCGCAACAGCAGACGUUCACCAGAUAUUCGCGAUAGAUCCAAUAGGUAUGAUAGGUCUUCUUCACGUGACAGAUCUACAAGGCGAGAUCGUUCAAGGGAUCGUCGGGAUAGGGACAGGAGAUCGAAAUCCAAAGACGUACGCUCGUCGCUGGACCACUUGAAGGACAACAAGAAGGUGUCUCCCGACCGUACCAAGGAUCUGGUCAAGGAGAAGCCCAAGGAGAAGAAAGCUGUUGACGAAAAGCCCAAGGUUGCCAGUGAUUCUACUACACGAAAAGAAAUUCGUAAUGGACGUUCCAAGUCUAGUAGCUCUGACAGUAGUGAAAGUAGUUCUUCUGAUGAUGAGCAAGCUAGGAAAUCGACAGAACUUAAAUUGUCACAGGAAAAACGUGAACGCGAGCAACGAGAACGUGAGCAACGCGAACGCGAACAACGGGAAUGUGAGCAGCGUGAACGCGAACAAGCUGAAGAAUUGAUACGACGAGAAAAGGAACGUGUGGCUAAAGAAGAAGCUGCUAAACGUCAAGAGAAAGAAAUUCUCAAGAAAUUUGAACCUAUUCCUGCAGCUGUUCCUGCCACUAUUCCGGCCAAGAAACCUGAAGUCAAUGUUUCACCGAAAAAACUUUCUGCUACUUCAUUACCUCUUUCACGUCACAGGUUUUCAAAGAGUUUGUCACGCACACCGUCACCUUUCAAGAAAACUGAAGAUAUCAUCGCUGCUGCCGCUGCUACUGCUAAGCCUAAAGCAGCUCCCAAAGACAACAAAGACGAUGCUUUGAAAUCAAUAACAAUGCCACCGACUGAGGUAUUCCAAUUAAAGAAAGACGAUCGGUCAUCAUUUAAAUCAAUAAAAUUGCCAGCGGAAGAUAAUAAAAAACCAGCGAUAAAAGUUCUGGAAGUAGUUAAUGCUAAAAAAUCAAUGGAAAUCAUUAAGAAAACGCGUAAAGACAAAAUAGAGCAUUCGUCAGAUUCCGAGGAUAGUGAGGAAGAUGUAAGAGCGAAGCAACGUAAAAAUGACAAGGCUAGAAAAUCGAGAAAGGGUUCGAUUGAAGAAGAAAAAGCUGACAAAGCUGACAGCAGCUCCGAGUCUGAUGACGAACGUACAAAACAUUCUGAUCAAUUGAAACGUAUCAAGGAAAUAACAACACGCGCUGAAUUAAUUGACGAGCGUCUUAAGGAACGCAGUAAAGAAUUAAAUAAAAAACGGGAUGCUAGUGAGACUGAUUUACGUAGAAGAUCACGUAAAGAUAUUGAAGAGGAAGUUAAGAAAUCUAAACGUACAAGAAAAGAAUCCUCGUCUGAAGACGAUGAACCGAAGUCUAAGAAGUACAGUCGUGAUGAUGAUAAAUCACGAUCAAGAAAAUCUAAAAAGGAUUCUAGUUCGGAUGAUGAGCCUAAGAAAUCACGGAAACGACGUGACAGUUCGUCGGAUGGAGAAAAAUCACGCACAAGAAAGACUCAAAAAGACCCGGUUGCAAGUGAUGAUGAGCGGCCAGUUAAAGUUAAAAAAUCAAGGAAGGAUUCUAGUUCUGAUGACGAAGAACUCGAGAAAGAGUCGAAGAAAAAACGUAAAGAUGACAGUUCUGAUGAUGAAAAGGUUAAGAAGAAACGUAAGAAGAGAGCUAAAACCAGCACAAGUGAAUCAGAGGAGAGUGAAAUAGAAGAGAAGAAACGUAAGAAGGAAAAGAAACACAAAAAGCAUAAGAAGCACAAGAAACAUCGUAAGCAUAAAAAAAAAAAAGUUGCUGAUUCUGAAGAAUCAGAUGUGAGUGAAGGCAAUACCGAGGAACUUGAAAAAAAACUCCGGGAAAAAGCGCUUAAAUCAAUGAAAAAAGGACACAGUAUCGAACGAAGUGACUGAAUAUUUUAAAAAAUAACAAUUAUUAUUUCGUUUUUUUUUUUUUUAUAAUUAUUAAAUA